AUGGCCCAAGCAGCUUCGGGAGUUAAAAUUCCUGAAGGAGACAUGGAAAGAGUGAUCAGAAUCCAAAAAAGGUUUUUACCCUUCUCAGAGGAAAGGGAAAAAGAUCGAUUGGAUGUAUUGGUAAUCGACGUUUCUGAUGAUUGGAUGGAUCCAAUAAAGAAUUAUCUUCUGAAUCCUAAUGAGAAGGUAGAAAGGAUUGUCAAAUGCAGAUCCAUCAAUUAUGUUCUGUUAGGACAGGAUUUGUAUAGAAGAACUUCUGAUGGUCUACUACUGUUGUGUGUUAGCAAAGACCAAUCGAUGAGGAUCAUGGGAGAGGUUCAUGAAGGAACCUGUGGUGCCCAUCAAGCUGUGUCAAAAGCAUGGACCUAUCCAAAGGAUACCUGCUUAUCAGUUGCAAUCGAUUAUCAAACCUUGGCCGUUCAGAGAUUUGGAAUUCCUGAAACUAUUACUGUUGAUCAAGCAUCUGUAUUCAAUGGUAGAGAAGUUAUUGAGUAUGCACAAAAAUAUGGAAUACAGAUUUUAAAUUCUACUCCGUAUUAUGCCCAAGCCAAUGGGCAAGUCGAAUCGACAAACAAAAUUAUAAAGAACACCUUAGCAAAGGUAAUCGAUGAUAACCCAAGAGAAUGGCAUGAUCUGUUGCCCAGAGCAUUGUGGGCAUAUAGAACGUCACAAAGAGAUAGUACUAGGGUAACUCCGUUCGAAUUAGUCUACGGGCACGCAGCGGUUUUGCCAGUCGAAAUUAAUGUUCAAUCUCUAAGGGUGGCACGUCAUUAUGAUCCAUAG